GAAGCAGUUGAAUAAGUGCAACAAGGCAACCAAGUAGCUAGUUCGCUCAUUACUUCUGUACGUGGUUUGAUAUUCAUGCUGGGAUCUUGUGUUUGGCAGUUCGUUUGUUACUUUUUUUUCUUUUUCCCUAGUGCGGGAAGUUUCAUUUUAAAGGAAGGAAGCAAAGACGAAUAACAGCUCGAUCAGGCUAAGGCUAUAUUGUAAAUGAGGUGGAUUAAAUACAAUAUGAAAUUGCAAAAUGGUUGAUGUUGUAGCAGCAGAUGCUCGCUGGCCCAGCGGUACAAGGAUGAAUUUAAAUCUGUUUUUGGAUACCAGCAAGCUGCUUUGGGCCAGUUAGUUUGAUUUGGCCAACGCUCUCCAUAUACUGUCAACAAGUGCGUGUUGUCAGGCGGUGCAGGCGGAGAACGUCACUGUCUUGGAGGGCGGCACGGCCCAGAUUUCCUGCCGCCUGCAGAACUACGAUGGAUCCAUUGUGGUCAUUCAGAACCCGCGCCGCCAGACGCUCUUCUUCAACGGCACACGGGCUCUGAAGGACGACCGCUUCCAGAUGGUGCUUUUCACGCCGCGGCUGGUGCGCAUCACGCUAACCAACGUGAGCGUCUCGGACGAGGGCGGCUACUUCUGCCAGCUCUACACGGACGCCACGCACCACCAGGUGGCCACGCUGGCUGUGCUGGUUCCGCCAGAGACUCCCGUGGUGGAGGUGAAGCAGGAGGCGGUGGAGGGUGGCGAGGUGGAGCUCAGCUGCGUGUCGCCACGCAGCAAGCCGGCCGCCAGCCUGCGCUGGAUGCGCAACGGCCGCGAGAUUCCAGGUGUGGUUUCCCAGCAGGACAACGGCAAGACGGUCAGCGUGUCCAGCACCAUCCGCAUACCGGUUGAGAGGAAAGAUAAUGGCGCGGCGUUGAGCUGUGAGGCGCUCCACCCGGCACUGGCCAACCAGAAGAGGAUCCGACACUACCGCUUGGAUGUGUUCUUUGCACCGACUGUGAGGAUCGUCCCUCCCCCUGGCAUCUUACGAGAGGGCGACUCGCUGAGCCUGUCCUGCUCGGUCGUCGGCAACCCUCUGCCCCGUGCCAUCCAGUGGUCCAAGAUCAAUGACACCUUACCUGAGCGUGCCGAGAUCUCCGGGCCCACCUUCCAGAUUUCCCGCCUGAGCCAGUCUCACAACGGCACGUACUUGUGUCAGGCGCAGAACAACUACGGGCGAGCCGCCGAUCACUACACCCUGCUGGUCUACGAUAAUGUGUCAUUCCCAAGCACCGCCCCUCCCACUUCCACUUCCCAUCCCAACGUCACCCCGUCCCUUUCGCUGGACCCCAAAGAUCCCGGCGCAGUGGUGGAGACUCACAGCGCGGUUCCCUACGCGGUGAUCGGUGGCGUGCUGGCCCUGCUGGUUUUCACCAUCAUCUGCGUGCUCAUCGUCACCAUCUGGUGCUCCGUGCGCCAGAAAGGCUCCUACCUUACCCACGAGGCUAGCGGCUUGGACGAGCACGGCGAAGUGCAGGAGGCCUUCCUCAACGGCAACGACGCCAGCCAGGGCAAGAAGGAGUACCUACUGUAGCCUACUCAUCGACCUCUGACCUUAUCCCUGUGCCCCGCCCCCCACUUCCUUUUCCCUCCCCGCCCCCAUCACACCUUAUACACUCACAACACACACACAAAAUGAUUACACGCUAAAACUCACACGCGCUUGGAUGAAGUGAAAAAGCCUACUUAGGCAUUCCCGGGCGCACAAGAUGCUUUCUGUACAUCCGAAUAAAAA